AGCGGCGCCAUGGCGUUUGCCUGCCUGGAAGAUCCAACACUGGAGAGAAAUUUCAAAGGCCACCGAGAUGCAAUAACAAGCGUAGACUUCAGCUUAAAUAAGAAACAGCUAGUAAGUGGCUCUAUGGAUUCAUGCUUGAUGAUCUGGAGCAUGAAACCCCAAACGAGAGCCUAUCGCUUUGUGGGACACAAAGAUGCAGUAACGUGUGUUCAGUUUUCACCUUCUGGGCAUCUGAUUGCUUCAGGUUCUAGAGACAAAACGGUUCGUUUGUGGGUUCCAAGUGUCAAAGGAGAAUCCACUGCAUUCAAGGCUCAUACAGCAACAGUCAGAAGUGUUCACUUUUCUAAUGAUGGCCAGUCGCUGGUCACAGCCUCUGAUGACAAAACUGUUAAAGUGUGGGCUGUCCACAGACAAAAAUUCUUAUUCUCAUUAAGUCAGCACAUAAACUGGGUUCGCUGUGCUAAAUUUUCUCCUGAUGGAAGAUUGAUAGUAUCAUCCAGUGAUGACAAAACUGUCAAACUUUGGGAUAAAGCAAGCAGGGAAUGUAUACAUUCUUUCUGUGAGCAUGGUGGGUUUGUUCCUCAUGUGGACUUUCACCCUAGCGGCACAUGUAUUGCUGCGGCUGGCACAGACAACACAGUGAAAGUAUGGGAUGUUAGGAUGAAUAGGCUCCUGCAGCAUUAUCAGGUACAUAGUGCAUCGGUGAACUGUCUCUCUUUUCACUCCUCUGGAAACUACCUCAUUACUGCCUCCAAUGAUUCAACUCUAAAAAUACUGGAUUUACUAGAGGGGAGGCUGCUUUAUACACUUCAUGGUCACCAGGGGCCAGCUACCUGUGUUUCUUUCUCACGAACAGGAGACUUGUUUGCUUCUGGGGGCUUUGAUGAGCAGGUAAUGGUAUGGAAGACAAACUUCGAUGCUGUAGAUUAUGGCGAUGUAUUGAAAACACGAAAAUACAGCAUGAAUGUGAAUGGUUCUCUUAGUAAUGAGAGAUCAAUGGACUCUGGCAAUAUUAACAUUCAAAAAUCUGGAGUUUACAGACAAGAAAAGCAGUUGGAAAUGGAUUUUGGAGAAGUUCCAGAUAAACAAGAAACUCAAACUGCAGAAUCGGUCAGAAAGCAACAAGAACAAAUUCAGAUUGAUGAGACUAGUCUUGCUAGCACCUUACAGCACAUUGUGGGACAGCUAGAUGUUCUCACUCAGACUGUUUCCAUUCUGGAACAAAGGCUGACAUUAACAGAAGACAAGCUGAAGGAAUGUCUUGAGAAUCAACAGAAGAUUGCUCAAAGUAAAUCCAGUUGAUGCCCCAGGGACCCGAAGAAGCCAGGAUCAUUGGCACAGUGUGCAUUUUAAGC